CGUGCCAAAGUAACCCUUGCCACGGUGUGUGUGGUGUUCCUGGUCGGACACACGAGACACACGCAACACACACGACACCAGAUACUUCCAGAAGAAGGGUCCAGGGUAGAAACCAGGCAUGAAAAAGCAAAACGUACGGACCAUCUCCCUCAUCGUGUGUACGUUCACGUAUCUGUUAAUUGGAGCCGCAGUGUUCGAUGCUCUCGAGUCGGAGACGGAAAAGAAACGCUGGAAGGCCCUGAGUGCGAUUGAAAAUGUCCUCAUCACUCGGUACAACAUUAGCGCCGAGGACUUCAAAGUCAUCGAGACAGUUAUUAUGAAAUCGGAGCCACACAAAGCGGGCCAGCAGUGGAAGUUCUCGGGUGCGUUCUACUAUGCCACCACGGUCCUGACGACGAUCGGGUACGGCCACUCGACGCCCUCGACCGUCAGCGGGAAGAUCUUUACGAUGUGCUAUGCGGCCAUCGGCAUUCCGCUGGGGCUGGUGAUGUUCCAGAGCAUCGGCGAGCGGGUGAACCGACUGAGCAGUGUGAUCGUACACGCGAUCAAAACGUCGUUCAAUUGUAAGAAAGCGAUCGCAUCGGAGGUGGACCUUAUAUUGGUCGUGACGACGCUGAGCUCGUUGACGAUUGCGGGUGGGGCGGCCGCAUUCAGCAAGUUCGAAGGCUGGAGUUACUUCGACUCGGUGUACUAUUGCUUCAUCACGCUGACCACGAUCGGCUUCGGCGAUAUGGUGGCCCUCCAGAAGGAUAAUGCCCUCAACAAGAAGCCCGAGUACGUGGCGUUUGCGUUGAUUUUUAUCCUUUUUGGGCUGGCUGUGGUGGCCGCCUCGUUGAAUCUGCUCGUGCUGCGGUUCGUGACGAUGAACACGGAGGACGAAAAGCGUGACGAAGCACAGGCCAUACAGGCCCUCCAAAUAGCGGUCAAGCUGGAUGGAGACAUCAUCACCGGCAACACGGGGGACAGUGUGGACGAACGAUGCUACGAGCGGAUCUCGGUCAUCAACCCACUGACCGUGUGCCACAACUGUCCGACCAAGUUCGACAUGACGGAGGCCGGCAACGGGUGCUACAUCGAUACGAGCUACCGUUACCCGCUGAUGGAUUGCGAAAUGACGCAGCUGCGUUCGCCGGCGGCGACCGUCGGUGGUGGCCAACGAAUCCACGCUUCCGUCGGUCAGGACUUUGAAACCGACGACGAGGGCCUAAUACGACCGCUGCGGUACGACUUCCAUCCUAGCCGCGGACGUGCAUCGGUUUGAAAGUCCCUCACCGUGAGAAGGACCGUGUAAAGGCUUUCACGAAACGAGGCCCAACGGACUCCUAGGAGGUCGGUACUCUUUGCGCAAACACCACUAAAACACAAAACAUAAUGACAUGCUCGACAAAAUCUCGGUCAAUUAGUGACCAGCGGAAUCAUCCUUCUCUUGUGUACUUUUGUAAGAAAACUCCCUUCACCAAAUGCGUAUGAAUUGGUUAAUUAUUAAGGAACAAAAAAUCUAGCGUGUAAUAAGACGGUUGAUCCAAUUUUAGCAAUUGACGAACAAAGAAGUUUCAAAUUCGGGGGAACAAAUGGUUCAAGCGUUAUUAA